AUGAUAAUUUCUUUUCCAGGUCUUCGUCAAAAGAAGGAGUUAGGUGAAGUGGUAUCAGGCCUAACACGACGACAGCAUGCGUCCAACGAGCAAAGACUCAAAAUGCAGAAAUGUCUCAUCGUUUCCAAGGUCACCAGAUACGAAUACGAAAAACACAGUCACGACUAUAUAGAAGAUUCAGAACUAGAGAGGAUAUUGAGGAAGCGAGGGUCCGAUUACGACGCUAUAAUCAAUACACACCGUGAGCAAAAAGCCUUUGAGGAGAACGUAGCCAAGAGUUUCAAGGAAAUGGGACUCCAAGUUGAAAUGGCUAGUAGGUUAACAUACAACGAUGAACUAAUAAAUUGGUGUGAUGUAGUGGUGCCUUGUGGUGGGGAUGGGACAUUCCUUCUAGCAGCUUCUAGAGUUAGAGAUGCGAACAAACCAGUGAUAGGAUUCAACAGUGCUCCUCAUAAAUCAGUCGGUCGACUCUGUCUGCCGACUUGGUGCUCGAAUGAUGUCAAGGGUGCGCUACAGGCGUUAAAGGAGGGUAGGUUCACAUGGAUGAGGCGUUCAAGGAUAAGGACAACCAUCACAUCCGAGCCUAAACUCUUGGACACAAUAACGCCUGUAGAUCUGCACACCUUGCAUUAUUGCAGAUAUCCCCCAGUAUCAAAUCCAGACGACACUCCAGAACCUUCGAAAAGUUCCGCGUUCGAUACACAGGAGUCGAAUCCGAAUCCUACGCUAGCAACGAAAGUGCUUCCGUUUUUAGCUUUAAAUGAGGUAUUUAUAGGUGAGAGUGUGACGUCCCGCGUGUCUUUACUUCGGCUACAGAUAGACAAUGGCCAGUGGACGCACACGAAGAGUUCCGGCCUGUGCGUCACCACUGGAACCGGUAGCACGUCGUGGCAUUACAGUAUAAAUUGUCUGCGAACUCACUCAGUCUUAGAAUUAAUGAAAAUACUCGGCGAAGACUUCAAUAUUAACAUGGACACAUCAUUAGAAAAGGCAAGGCAGGUGACUGAGAGGUACAACCAGAAGCUUAUGUUCCCUCCAGACUCGGAGUACCUCGCAUACUCAGUGCGCGAGUACAUAACGUUCGAGGAGUGGCCCGCGCCGCGCGGUCUGCGCGUGCGCGACCGCGCCGCCGCCGUGCGCGUGCGCUCGCACUGCACCGACGCCGGCUUAGUUGUAGAUGGCAGUGUAUCAUUCCCAUUCAACGAUGGAACUGAAGCCUUAUUAGAAAUCCACCCAGAAGAUUCUCUGAUGACAGUACAUAUGGAUGACACUUUGCCCUACUGA